AUGGCAACAUCCAGCGUCCAAGGGGUCCAUGACGAUAACCAUUUCUUUCAUUGUCUCUCAGCCAAUUUCAGCGCCUCUGGUUUGUGUCCUGCUGGCCUUGACCAUUCAUGCUGCUUGUCGCCAGUCACAGGUCCAGGACGUGCCGUGCCAUCAACAACCCAAUAUUCUGUGAUGAUCUCUUUAAUUGUAGAAUCCUCCGUCUGCCAAUCAGUUUCACGAAAUCUAAAAGGGUCAGUAACCAGCCAGUUAUGCUACGCUGCUACUCUUGCACAGUCCGUCUGCACCGGAUAUCAAACACAACAAGACGACUUGGGAGAUGCUAAACCCUCCCUCUCCCUCAGAUCCCUAUCGAUAACCAAUUAUACCUGGGAUAUGCAUGUCAUACCGAUACCAGGCUACGCGACAAGGGAGAAUGUUUCUCAUGCGUAUCUUAUGAUGGUUGAAGGUUAUCCAUUCGUUUUGCCUACGGCCAAUUGCGUCACGAAGCAGCCAAACGGCUCGAUGAUUCGCAGACAAGGAUCAAGGGAUUUCAGAGUUAGCGUGGCGCGAAUGCAACUCUUGCUAAUUAGUGGCUCUCGCUGGGAUCCGAUAUUUCAAGACAUUCUCCGCAAAAGGCUCAAAUUCAAAUCCGGUCCUUCUCAUGAAGAAGGCCUACUGCGGGCGUCCACUACAAACGAUUGA